CAGAUUCGAGCUCUCGACAGUUCCGUGGUACAUCAGAUCUGUACUAACCAAGUGAUUGUAUCCCUCGAGACGUGUGUUAAGGAAUUAGUCGAGAACAGUCUGGAUGCCGGUGCCACAUCGAUAUCGAUCACUUUCACGGAAGGCGGCGUGGAGGCUCUUGAGGUGAUGGACGAUGGAUGCGGCAUAGCUACGGAGGAUCUAAAGGGCCUCUGCCGAAGGCAUCACACGAGCAAACUACGUCAGUUCGAGGAGAUCCACAAGAGUCUAGACACCUUUGGCUUUCGCGGAGAGGCCUUAGCCGCUGUCUGCGCACUAUCAGAUAAAUUUGAGGUGACUACUCGAGCAAAAAAGGUUGUAGAUCCGGACUCUUCCAGUAAAAAUCAUGCUGCUACAUCAACAUCUUCCACAACUAAUGCGGCUCCUUCCAGCACGAGUUCUUCUAGUUCCACCUCCACCAUUAAUGCUCUUCCCUCUACGACAACUAGUGCAACUACAGUGAAAGCGGUGUAUAGUCGUAGUGGCACUGCAACGAUUGAGCCAGCAGCGUCUGCGUCAUUCGGCGGCUCUUCCAGCGGGUCUAGUGGAACUUCGGGAACGGUAAUCUACGUGGAAAAGCUGUUCAACGUGACUGCCGUUCGGCGUCAGGUAAGGCUCGAUUCCUGUAGAGAAGUUUUUCAAUCAUUUUUUUACAGUUUUUUAUUAGAAAUACCGUAAGAGUCAGACCACUUCUCUACGGUCUGUCAGACCAUAGAUGUUCUUACUCACUUGUCUGUGGGUCGAGUUAGAGUUUUCUGAUGGAGCGAAUAGGGUCAGAGUCAGACCACGUCUCUACGGUCAUCGUGAACGAUGAUAACAGGGCCAGCUGCAUGUGUGACGUUCUUGCUCGCUUGUAGGUCGAUUUAGAGUUUUUAGAUGGUAAGAGUUCUUGGUGUCUAACUGUGUUUUUAAAAAAGUCCUCAGAGGCCUCUACUCUUCUAAUUCUAGACUUCAUCAAGCACGCGCGGCAGCAACUUGCCGAGACAACCCUACUGCUACAGCAGUAUGCUGUGAGUCGGUACGACGUGCGGUUCCAAGUGCGGAAUCGCAAGAGGGAUCGCAAAGGAGAGUGGAAGUUAACGGAUAUUCUUAGUAUGGCAUGGAGUGGAGUUUAGUAUAAAUUCAAACAGAUUUUUAGUAGUACGACUAGAAACUAUUUGUCAGGUAGAAACUAUUUGUAUCAAGCAGAUGUUAGUAGUUCAACUAGAAAAGGUAGAAACUAUUUGUCAAAUUUGAGGAGCUAGCAGCAGGAGGCUACAGUAUCGGAAAAACAGAAGAACUCACUAAUGAGUGAAGAACUUCUACUACCUAUAAUUAUACUAGAUUACAGAUUAGAGACUAUAUCUCGACGUCCUUCAUAAUGCAGACACCGGGUAACCACAAGAGCCUGAAAGCGUGUGCGCUGUCAGUACACGGGGAGAGCGUGCGCGCUUCGCUAGAGGUGGACCUGCGCCAUCAGCCGUUGCAAUUGUCCGACUUCAAUGAUGAUGCGGGGAACGCAUUAGUCGUAAAUGCAACACAAGAAGGAAGGACUGGUGGUAAGGUCUAUCAGUGGGCCGUGCAUGUCGUUUUAGAAUCUACUUAAGUAGGUUGACUCGGUUUAUUUUUGACCAAUACUAUACUUGUUGAUAGUUACCCUUUUCUCUUUUCUAUCUUCCUCUGGUCUUUCUUUUUUCUAGUUAUGUCGGCUCCGCCACAACUAUUAGACCUGUCUUGUUUUUUCGUUCCAUCCAAUUUGAGUGUGACACUAUUCACCAGAACCUGUGACGGCAUCUCAAUCUUCUGUUUCUUGAACACCAGGCGCCGAGCCACCUAAUUCCAAAGAUUCGCCUGGCUCGUGGCGUCUACACGGAAUUAUUUCCACCGCUUCAGGCGGAAGGAGUAAUAAGGCCUUACAGCACUUUUUUGUGAACCGUAGACCUGCAGCUUUCCCGAAAAAGAUAGCGCGCGCCAUCAACGACACAUACCGCACUUAA